AUGCUGAACCUCAAUAUCUUCCGGCUACUGGCCGAUCUCUCCCAUAUCUCCUCCAAAUGUGUCUUGAUAUGGGCUAUCCAUCGCAAUAAGAGCGCAGAAGGAGUCUCCCUUCUGACGCAGAUGCUCUAUGCUUUGGUGUUCGUGACUCGUUAUCUCGACCUUUUCUCGAAGGCAGGAUGGAAGCACUUCUACCUCGUAUUCUUCAAGCUAUUUUAUAUCAUCUCCUCGUUCUACGUUAUAUACCUGAUGAUGAGAGUAUUUCCCCGGACACGGGAAAGGGAGCGAGCCUGGAAGAUGGCUAUAAUAUCGGUCGCUCUAUCUCUGGUUCUGGCUCCUAUAUCUAUUGUCAUCUUCUAUCGUGGUUAUCCCGAUAGAUGGUUCACGGAGACUUGCUGGACUUUCUCGAUUAUAUUAGAGUCCGUCUGUGUUCUCCCUCAAUUGUUGCUCUUGCGCCAAACGACCGUUCCGACAGUCAUCGAUUCAUACUACCUGCUUAUGCUGGGAUCCUACCGUGCCUUCUAUAUUCUCAAUUGGCUUGUGCGGGGACUGGGCUCUGAGGGUCAUUGGGACGUAAUUGCAGACCUCUACGGUGUCAUCCAGACGGCUUUCUACGUCGAUUUCGCCUGGGUUUACUACUCCCGCCAACGCGUGAAGCUCCGAAACGGCGGUGUCGUUGACUCGGAAGAUUUCCGCCAUAGCUGGCUAGUGAGCAAGAUACUGAAUUUCCGGCAGCGAAGGAGUGCAGAUGAGGAGCAGAAUUUGAACGACGAGGACGUGGAGGAUGAGGAAGUUGCUGGUGGCGGUAGACCCAGGAACAACCGCUGGGGAGCAAUGGGGAUCUCCGUCUCGGCCGACGAUACGCUAGGAAACCAUCGUGGGACAAGCCAAGACGAGAGUCUGGAAGGGUUCUUAGAAGAUGAAGAAGACGACGAGGACAAUAACGGGUACCCUGUGAACGGGGGCGUUCGUCCGAAGCAGUCAACCGGGGUAACGGGCAGUCACGAAUGA